UCGCACGACAUGAUCACUGUUUAAACUGUCAAGUAUUAUCUCCCGAGUUUUAAGGUCAAAAUUAUUUACUAUUACAUUAUAAAUGUAGAUAGUGCGUUGUGUGGAAAUUGUUUACAGUGUAGAUUAAUACAUACAAAGUAACCAUAAUCUAACCAAAAGUGAAUCAUGGAAACGGAAUGGAAACGGGUAGGAAAAAUAAAAAAGAUGUGUAUUUUCCCUUUAAAAAGUGGAAGAAGAGUUGAAGUCAAUCAGGCAUUGUGUACCAAACAAGGACUAAUGGACGUUGAUCAGGGAGAUGGAUCUCCUUGUUUACGAGAUAGGUCUUUUGUAGUGUACAAUGGACAGUCUUUGGAAUAUAAAACAGCGAGACAUUAUCCCAAGAUGGUAUUAAUUCAAGUUCGGCGAUGUUGUUUAGGUGCGAUACCUUUUGUGCUAUUUGAUGCCCCAGGAAUGACCACAUUAUUUUUGACCAUACCCGAGGAUGAACCAGAACAGAAGAAUGUUCGAAUCAUACAAUGUAAAGAAUCGAUAUCUAUAUUAGAUUGCGGUGACGAAGCUGCAGCUUGGUUUUCAUCCUACCUUUUGGGAGAACCUUCCCCUUUUGGGUUUAGAUUAGGAUACAACAAUGGAUCUCAUAAAAGAACUGAAGUAAAAGAAUGCUAUAGCUAUUUAAUUCAACAUAACGAUCGUGGAUUGACAACAGAAUCAACGGGUUUAAAUGCAGAUCUUUGCGCUUUACAUCUUAUAAGUGCAUCGUCUGUUCAAGAUAUCACUAAAAGAACAGGCAUCCCAGAAAUAAAUGAAGAUUCUUUCAGGCCGAACCUAGUUGUAGAAGACCAGUUCUUGGAAGCAUUCGCGGAGGAUAAUUGGGAGUACAUUCGAAUAGGAGAAGUUAUAUUAAAAAGCGUUUUAGAAUGUACUAGGUGUAUUAUGACCUGUAUUGAUAUGGAGACUGGUAUUAGAAGAAGAGAUAGGGAGCCAUUAAAAACUAUGGAAAGGUAUAGGAUGAGCAAAGGACCGGUGAAAGCAACUGCGAUGGGAAUUUAUGUUGAAGUCAUUAGGACUGGUGUGCUUUCCUUAGGAGACACCGUUUAUAUUUCAAAUGCUUCAGAAACAAGAAAUGCUUUAGAAACAAGAAAACGUAAAUGCUCAACGUAAUUUUUAACUAUAUUAGGUAUAUAAAAAAUAAAAUCUAAAUAAGUUAAGUUGAAAUAUUUAUUAUAAGUUAAACAUCAUUUUAUAGGUAUAAAAUAAAUUGCAGUUUUAAAUUAUGCUUAAGAUACUUUAGACAUAUCGUAAAAAAAAACAAUAAACAAACAGAGCUAGAUUAGAAUCUAUAAAAUAUGCUAAAAAGAUCUAUACUCCAUGGAAUAUAUUAUGUCUUAAACACCAUAUAUAAGCACCAUAGAAUUCAGAGACAGAACAUCAACCAUAGAAAGAUUAAUGAGAAUGACCGAAAUGGAAACAUUGGAACUAUCAGAGGACUAACUAUUAAAAAUAAAAUAAGAAGCCCAGCGAAAAUUAGGAGUAAAGAACAUGGUAAAAGAAUGAAAGCGAUUUUGAAAACGAAAAUAUGUUGAAAGAAUAUCAGAAGAUAGGCAAGCGGAGUAUGAGUCAGAGUCAGACACCAAAUAGAUAAAGACCGAUAGGUAGAAGUAGGAGCUCAGCAUUCGUAGAAUGAACUUACAAGAUUAAACAUAACGAGUUAAUAUGGACUACAUCUUCUUCUUAACGUGCCCUAUCAAGUCCCCUUUACGUUGGCGAUUAACAUGGCGAAACUGUCUCUGUCUCGAGCUAUUCUAAAUACUACAUAUAUUAAAAAGAAUAAGAAGUGUUAGAUUACUUUAUUAAACAAAAAAUAUCUUUAUUUAUUUUUAACUAUAUUAUUAUGUUAGUAAUUGUUGAACAUUUAUGCCAGUGAGUGCAAUGUAAAUUGGUAUAAAAUAAUGAAAUAAAUAAAUACAAGAAU